GCGGCCUGGCGGCUUGGCGGGGACGUGUGCGGCCGCGCCUGGGUCCCUCCCCGCGCGUCUCGUGCGUCCGGCCCGGCCUGGGCGCCUCCGCGGAGCCCUGCGGGGUUCCGAGCGCCGGAGGCCCGAGCGGCCUCCCGCGGCGCUGGGGGCGGGCCGCGGAGCCUGCGUCCCGGCUCAUCCCCGGUCCCUCCCGGACUGCGCGGCGCCGCGGAGCCUUCCGAGGGCACGUCGGCUGAUUCGACAUAACCAAGGGAAAAUCAAUGAACUUGAUGACAGGGCAGUAGAAAUGACCCAAACUAAAACACAGAGAGAAAAGAGUAGAAAAAAAACAAACCCAGAGCAAAGGGUCCAAGAACCGCGGGACAACAUCAAAGUUUAACGUAUUUGCUGUUGGAAUCUCAGCGGGAGACAAGAAAGAAUGGGGCAGAAGAAAUAUUUGAAGUGAUGGCGUGUGAGGCGGAGUGCCGCCCCUUGGGUGUGUUUGAGUGCCAGCUCUGUGCCCUAACAGCUCCAUAUAGCUACGUGGGGCAGCAGCCCCCCGGCACCCAGUCUGUCGUAGGUUUGGGCCAUUCUGCCCACUGGCACCACUUCCUGUCCUGCAGCCUCCUGGAGGAGAGCUACGUCAUGAGGGACCCCUUCACCCCCAACAAGGACAGAUUCCUGAUCCUCGGCUCGAGAUGCGGCUUAUGCGGCAGGCUGGUGUGCGUGGGCCCGGAAUGCAGUUUAUUCUACUCCAAGAGAUUUUGCCUCCCCUGUGUCCGGGAGAACAUUGAUGCUUUCCCUCAGGAAAUUCAGCAAGACUUGGAGAAAAGGAAAGUCCCAUCCAAGAGGCCUGCCAGCCAGCCUGGUUCUCGAACCUGCGGGGCCCGAAGUCCGUGAUGUCUACCAGUUGCUGUAGUCAAGAGGUGACCUGGACGUGGAUGCAGUGUGGUCUUGUUCUAUGUGGCGAAGGAUUCCAGAAGGAUGUGACCGCAUGUGUUCCCCCGGGACACG